AUGAUUCAAAAAGAAAUCAUUGGGAAUGAGCCUGCCCUUACAUCUAAAAUUGAUGAAAUCGACUCUGGUAGUUCAGAAGAAGAGAAAGCUGAAAAAGUGGACGAGAACGUGACAGAUGAGGGGGAAUCUGACACGGAAGUGAAGUUUGUUUCUGAAGGAAAAGGGUUGAAAGAUGCGGAAGAAAGUCCAAAUAAUACCGAGGAAUCUGAUGAAGAGAAUCCUGGUUCGGAAGGGAUCCCUGCUGAAGACAUGGACAGUAUUCCACAAGAUGCUGAAAAUGGAACUGAGGAGAUGCAACACUCAGAAGAGAAAGAAGCAGAUGAACUAAGUGGAGGGUCAAGAGGGGUUAAUGAGGAAGAUCCGUCAGAUUCUGAAGGGACUCAAGAUAAAGAUGAUAUUUCUGGUAGUCCCUUGAAGCAGGAGAAAUCCCAUGUAGAGCCUUCAAGUCUUUCUGAUGCCGGAGAUGACGAACUUUCUGAUGAUGAGCCUCUCGGCAAGUGGACGCAACGAGUAGUGAAAAAAGGUUCAAAGCGAGUGCGAUGACUGGUGGAGCCACUUUGUACCACUUUUACCUUGGGCUGGCUGCGGGGCUGUGAGUAAUCUGUGGCGUUGCAGUAUGGCGUGGGCGGUGAGGGAAGAAUGAAGAAUGAAGAAGGGUGGCCGGCAGCAUUGAUGUAGAAUGUAAAAAAGACAGCGUAGGCAUAUAAUAUGCAUAUCCCACUGACUGUAGGUGAAGGAAGUGUUAAAUGGUUGUAAACAUUUUGGGUAUCUUUAGCGACAGCGGUGACUGUACGUACUAGACCUGGGGACUUGGUAAUGGUUAGCUGAUAGAUUUUGACAUGCGAUGAAUGGGCUCUAGUGGAGUCUGAGUAUAGUCUAGUUGACGCUAGUUUACCUCCACAACUUAUGCUUGAAUGGCCGCGACAUGUACAGUAGAGUUUUAUACGUGGGGAUAAUCGUGUGUUGUGUUUGUGUGUUAAUUCUUGCUUGAAUCCUAAUAACAUCCAUGGAAGUGAUAAUUGGAGGGCUUUGUUUUAUUU